AGCGAUUCGAACCGCCAAGAUGGAGGUUCCGUGCAAAAUAUUAACCGUGUGCCUGCUGCUCGUCGGCGCUCAGGCGUUCGAGGCAAUCCAACCAGCCAAGAGCUCCAAGGAGCUCACCUGGCAGUCCCAUUUCUUUGAUGCUCUGACCGGAAACCUGCAGGAGCCGCAGGCUGAUGAGCUCAUCAGCUUGGAGGACUGCACUGCCCUCUACACGGUGGACAACAUCGAGAUUCUGUUGACGGCUGGCUACAAGAUUCGUCGUUGCAACAAUGUGGGGUCCAGGGAUAUCGAGAGGUAUCUGGAACGCGAGGAUGCCGUCUACACGAAGCACAACUUCGAAGGGGAGCUGAUUUCCUGCCGCACCAGCGAUUGCUUCGUGGAUACCGUCCUGAAUCUGUUCAGCUCGGUGCGUCGUAACCGCUACGACCAUCGUCGUCGCCGGGCCUGCAUUAUCCGCGAGCUGGAGAAGGCAUUCGUUAAGCUGGACGCCGCUUCCAUCGCUCUCAACGACUGCCUCGCCCAGGCCCAGCCACAGCCUCCCCAGAACAGCACUGUGCCUCCUCCGCCUCAGAACACCACAGCCAGUGGACCUGGAGGAAACAGCACUCAGUGGCCCAGUACCAACACCACUCCCAACUUUACCACAACUGCUAUUCCACCAUGGUGGGGCAACAACACUAGUGAAGGACCGUCUGGAAACACGACAACUCUUCCUCCAUGGUGGGGAAACAACACCACCAACGGACCAUGGGGAAACAACUCUACUGAAGGUCCAUGGGGAAACAACAACACGACUCUUCCUCCAUGGUGGGGAAACAACAGCACUAACGGACCCUGGGGAAACAACUCUACUGAAGGGCCAUGGGGAAACAACACGACCCUUCCACCAUGGUGGGGAAACAACUCCACCAACGGACCCUGGGGAAACAACUCUACUGAAGGUCCAUGGGGAAACAACACGACCCUUCCUCCAUGGUGGGGAAACAACUCCACCAACGGACCCUGGGGAAACAACUCUACUGAAGGUCCAUGGGGAAACAACAACUCGACUCUUCCUCCAUGGUGGGGAAACAACAGCACUAACGGACCCUGGGGAAACAACUCUACUGAAGGUCCAUGGGGAAACAACACGACCCUUCCUCCAUGGUGGGGAAACAACAGCACCAACGGACCCUGGGGAAACAACUCUACUGAAGGUCCAUGGGGAAACAACACGACCCUUCCUCCAUGGUGGGGAAACAACUCCACCAACGGACCCUGGGGAAACAACUCUACUGAAGGUCCAUGGGGAAACAACAACUCGACUCUUCCUCCAUGGUGGGGAAACAACAGCACUAACGGACCCUGGGGAAACAACUCUACUGAAGGUCCAUGGGGAAACAACAACACGACCCUUCCACCUUGGUGGGGAAACAACAGCACUAACGGACCAUGGGGAAACAACUCCACUGAAGGGCCAUGGGGAAACAACUCAACUCUACCUCCAUGGUGGGGAAACAACACCACCAACGGACCAUGGGGAAACAACUCUACUGAAGGUCCAUGGGGAAACAACAACACGACUCUUCCUCCAUGGUGGGGAAACAACACCACCGUAGGACCCAUCUUUAACAGCACCACUGAUGGCCCCAUCAGCAACACCACUGCUAACCCUUGGCUUGGAAACUCCACCCAGGGACCCUGGAACUCCACCACCGCCGACGGCACGACCACCACCAAGGGCAACUGGUUCGAUCACCUGAUGAGCGAGCUUGGAAACCUCUUCUAGACCCGAAAAUCCACGCGAAGCACAUCCCCACUGUUCGGGGGUUUGGUCAGUAGCCUAAGCUUUAGGCCAGCAAAUAAAUAAACUUAUCAGCAUUGAAAA